AUGAGUCUGCUUGACAAACUCCAUGCCAAGCUGGAGCUUUACCGCCUCGAGCAGCGAUAUGCCCGGCGCAAGAACCGGAAUACUUUUACCACCGGUGCCACGUACGUCGAUGGUGAAUACGUCUAUUCCAACAGCACAGGCUCGUCAUCGCCAUCAUCCUCCUCCUCGAUCCCGACGGUGUCCAAACAUGGCACCGGCUCAAGAUGGAAGUCGUCGAGCAAAUUUCGAUGGAGAUAA